UCAAGCAGUAAUCAAACAUAACCUACGUACACUUUUAAAUAAAUUUCAUUGUUUUCUCCAUAUUUACUGUUAUUUUUACUAUUUUUACAGAAAUGGAGAAAGGCAGCUGUCUAUUUCAUCCUCUUAUUAGUUGCAUACAAAAAAUUAAACUUCUCGAAAUGAAAACGAGAUUUUAUUUAUUGGGCACAAAUAAUACACAAACCAGAUUUAGGGUGUUGGCUAUUGAUAGAACCGAACCAAAAGAGUUGGUGAUUUAUGAUGAUAAAGUUGAAUACAAGCAAGAAGAAAUACAACAACUUCUCAACCUUAAUGAAAUUGUUGCUGCUUUUGGUAUUCAAGGAUUUGUUCGGUUCCUUGAAGGUUACUACAUAAUUUUAAUCACUAAAAGAAGAAAAGUCGCCCAUAUCGGUUACCAUACAAUUUAUAAGAUUGAAGAUACAAGUAUGAUCUAUAUUCCAAAUGAUAGUGUUAGAACAAUCUGCCCUGAAGAGUCACGCUAUGUAAAAAUGUUCCAAAGUAUUGAUCUGUCUAGUAAUUUUUAUUUCAGUUAUAGUUAUGAUUUAACCCAUACAUUGCAACAUAAUUUGAGCUAUCCUUGGCAAGUUAUUCCAACAUCAGAAAAACAUGUUAGUAAUGACGUUCCAGUACCAAAUGCACCAUCAGUUUCAUUUAAAUCAAAAACUCAACUGGACAAUGAAGAGUAUGGGAUAAGAACAAAACCACAUUACAAAUUUGUUUGGAAUUCUCAUCUAAUUAAGCCUGUUGAGCAUAUACUACAUCCAGACUGGCUUUUGUAUAUAGUUCAUGGGUUUAUAGAUCAAUCAAAUAUGAAUAUAUUUGGGAAAGCAGUUUACAUUACCCUCAUAGCUAGAAGAUCCUCAAAAUAUGCAGGAACUCGGUUUCUAAAACGUGGGGCUAAUACUGAAGGUGAUGUUGCUAAUGAAGUAGAAACAGAACAGAUGGUACAUAAUUCAGAAGUGUCAUCUUUGAAUAUUGGUCAUUUCACUUCAUUUAUUCAAAUGCGUGGCUCAAUUCCAGGUCAUUGGAGUCAAGACAUUGGAAAGAUGGUAGCUAAACCUGCCAUAACAAUUGAUUUAUAUGAUCCCUAUGCUGAAACAGCUGGGGCUCAUUUUAAUGACUUAUUGAAACGGUAUGGAGCUCCAAUUAUUAUUUUAAAUCUAGUAAAAAAGCGUGAAAAGAAAAAGCAUGAAAAACUUUUAAGUGAAGAACUGGAAUCAGCUGUAAAUUAUCUAAAUCAGUUCCUGCCCCCACAAUUCAGAAUUGAAUAUAAAACAUUCGAUAUGGCAAGAAAGAACAAAGGAAAUGCAGAUGUCAUGAAACGAUUAGCUUAUAUUGCAAAAACUGCUGUUCUGAAAACAGGAUUUUUUAAUAAUAAAAAACCUUAUUACGCACAAAAAUCGUUUACAAUUGCUGGUCAAAAGAGAGAGCGCAGUUCUUCAAAUUUUACGGUUCAAACGGGCAUAAUUCGUACAAAUUGCGUAGAUUGUUUAGACCGAACAAAUACAGCUCAGUUUGCAAUUGGGAGAUGCGCUUUGGGAUAUCAGCUUUGUGCUUUAGGACUUCUAGAUUCUCCAAAAUUAGAAUUUGAUACGGAUUGCGUUAGAAUGUUAGAAAGCUUAUAUGAAGAUCAUGGAGAUACUUUGGCUCUACAAUAUGGCGGAUCUCAAUUAGUUCAUAGAAUAAAAACGUACAGAAAAACUGCCCCAUGGACUUCGCAAGGAAAUGACAUAAUGCAGACCCUAAGCAGAUAUUACAGCAAUACAUUUUCGGAUGCCGAAAAGCAAAACACAAUUAACUUGUUCUUAGGGCUCUUUGUGCCUGAAAAGGGACAACCCCAUUUGUGGGAACACUUAAACGACUAUUACCUUCAUAAUAAAACAUUAAUUUCUAAAAGAGAUCGCCCGUUAACUCAGUGGUGGGAGACGGAUGUUUAUGGUUGUCUCCCAUAUGCAUAUAACGACCUCACCAAAAUUUGCACAGAAAUGGUACAGUUACAUAAUGACCAAGUCGAAAUGGUAGAUGCUUAUGUUGACUAUCAUAGACCCGAUGAAUUAAGUAUUUUGGAUGAAAUGUUCGUAUUUAAAAUAAGUAACUCCGUGCGCGAUUUUAUGCCCAAUUUCACGACGAAUUAUAGUCCUUUCGUGGUUCGAAUUAGACCAGGAAGAAGAAGAGAAGAAUGCGGAAAUAAGGAUACUGGUACGAAGAAUCCAUCCCUUACUGGACAAAGUUCUACCAGCUCUACUACAUCGAGUACCAGUUCUGUUUCUGAAACUGAAACUGAAGAAGAUGAUAACAGUGUUAUGACGAAUGAUUCUCAAAUGUUAUCUUCAAAGGAGAGCAUUAGCAAAAUGACCUUUGAAUCAUUAUUUCCCUCUAUGUUACAAGCAUAUGGUACUGAAAUUGUACCACCAAAGUCUUCAGAUCUGCUACUGUAUAAAAAGUACGUCCUUAUUGGGAAGAAGGCCAAUGGUACAAUAAAAAGUUGUAACAUAUCGUCGUGGACUCCAACCAGUAAUUUUUCAAAUGACUCCUCAUUCCAAGUUGCUGUUCCACAAGUCAAACCAGAAUCAAUUGAUAUCUACAAAAGGUAUCUGAGAGUUGGCAAAUAUGGAGGAUUUAAUCCUAUCAAAAGGGAUUUGGAUAUAUACAAAAAGUAUGCUAGUUUAAGGUAAAAUAUUGCUGUUUUUGUUUUUUUUUACGAAAAUAUAUUUUUGUUGUUA